CCUGUCCAUUCCCACCAAGUUGCAAGCCAGGGACUUCGGGAGAAAAGAAUGGAGGCGUUAAUACUCCAUUUUCAGAAUAACUGGAUUUCCCAUUAACAGGGCAUUUGGACUGUUUUCCAUUUAGUGGAAAGACAUUUUUCUUUCAUAAAAUCUUAAACCUGAAGGAAAUGUAAGCAACUACUGCUAUGAAUGUGCGUUCAGAUCUACAUGGGAAGAGUUUACAAAGAUGUAAAGAGCACUCUAUCCUAGAAUUCAACAGAAUAAUAAGAUUCUUAAGUUGCACUGAAGUGAUCUUGGCAUCAGAUUUCGCAUCAGGCAGAUUUCACCAUCAGUGUCCCAGGAUGGCAGCCAUUGAUUUGACCCAUGAUCUUUCUAGAGAUCAUUUUCCCCUUCAUGAGGAAAACACAGAGGCAGAAAGGAUGGUGGCUGUCUGGCUGAAAAAUUAUCAUCAGAUUGCAGUGACCUUUGACGACGUGGCAUUGGACUUCACCCAGGAGGAGUGGAUAUUACUGGACCUCUCUCAGAGAAACCUAUACAGAAAUGUGAUGCUAGAGAACUACCAGAACCUGGUCACAGUAGAAUAUCAACUGUCGAAACCUAAGCUGAUCGCUUGGUUGGAACAACAAGAGCUAAGGGCAGUGGAGCAGGGUGUUUUGCGAGAAUGGGAGACAGGACUUCAGACUAAAGGGUCAGAAUCUCACCAGGAUUUUUUUGGAGGAAAAACAGCCAGUGAAAUACAAAAAGAGAGGACCCACCAUGGAGUAGAACUCUCUGACUGUGAGCAAAGUGGGAAAGACUUGAGGAAGCACUUCAACCUUAAGACACAUGUGAGAACUCAAAAUAGACAGAAUGCUUUUGAGUGUAACCCGUAUCACAAUGGCUUCCUUACUCCGCAAAAGAAAAAAUCUACUAGAGAGAAGCUUUCUGAGUUGAAUCGGUGUGGUAAAAUCUUGCGCCUGACUCCACCUAUCAUGUAUGAGAGAACCAGCCUGGCAGGGAAGUCUUUGGAAUGCAGCGACUGUGGGAAAACAUUCAUUAAUCAUUCCCAUUUUCAGGCGCACAUGAGGAUUCACACUGGAGGAGAUUUUGAUGAAUGGAAGCCGUUUAUAAGAGCUUCAGUCUUCUCAGCAGGCCAUACUGAGCAUGUGCAGACACACACUCAAGAACCCCAUGAAUGUAAACAAUGUGGGAAAUCAUAUGCAGAUUCCAAGUGCCUCAAUAAUCACGUCAUUCGACUUCACACUGGAAUAAAACCCUUUGAAUGUAGUGAAUGUAGGAAAGCCUUCACUACAUCCUCCCGUCUUUAUGUGCAUUUGAGACUUCACACCGGAGAGAAACCCUAUCGAUGUAAAGAAUGUGGGAAACACUUCCAGUGGCCCUCGCUCCUUCGUAAACACGUUCGAACUCACAGUGGUGAGAAGCCCUAUAAAUGUAAGGAAUGUGGAAAAGCCGUCAGUCGUUCAUCAGUUCUUAAUGAACAUUUGAGAAUUCACACUGGAGAGAAGCCAUAUAAAUGUAAGGAAUGUGGGAAACGUUUCGCUUGGCUCUCGGUCCUUCGUAAACAUGUUCAAACUCACAGUGGUGAGAAGCCCUAUAAAUGUAAGGAAUGCGGGAAAGCCCUCAGUAGUUCCUCAAUUCUUAAUGAACAUUUGAGAAUUCACACUGGAGAGAAGCCGUAUAAAUGUCAGCAAUGUGGGAAAGCCUUCACUAAUUCCUCACGACUUAGUGUACAUUUGAGAACUCACACUGGAGAGAAACCCUAUCAAUGUAAGGAAUGUGGGAAAGCUUUCGUUUGGCCCUCAGUCCUUAAAAAACAUUUACGAACUCACGGUGGAGAGAAGCCCUAUGAAUGUGGUGAAUGUGAGAAAGCCCUUGGUAGUUCCUCGUAUCUUCAUGAACACUUGAGACCUCACACUGGAGACAGACCCUUUCAAUGUGGUGAAUGUGGGGAAGCCUUUAGGACUUUUUCCUAUUUUCAUAGCCAUUUGAGAAAUCACUCUAGAGAGUAACCCUGUGAAUGUAAGCACUGUGGGCAAGCUUUCACUGCUGCUUUCAUCUGGAUUCAACACUUAAGAAUCCACACUGGAGAGAAGCCCUGUUGAUGGUAAGGAAUGUGGGAAAGACCUCACUUGGUCCUCCAGCCUUCACAAGCAUAUACAGACUCACAGUAGAGGGAAGCCCUGCGAGUGUACGGGAUGUGAGAAAGCCUACACCGCUUCCACAACUGCAAGUACACAUUUGAAGUCCCACUGGAGAGAAGCCUUUUGAGUGUACACACGGAGGGGAGGCGUUCACCGUUUGCUCAAGCCGAACUCCAUGCGUAAAAACUGAUACCGCAGAGCAACCCCUUAGACAUAAAGGAGUGCGAGAAAGCCUUCACGUCAUGGUCACAACGUAACACCUAAAAAAUGCACCGUGGAUUAUGUACAGAAUAAUUGUGACCAAAUUUGUUACCCAGUUGAUUUCAAAAACAUGACCACCACACUGGGGGAAAACUGUAUGAAUAUGAGGAAUGUGGAAAAGUCUCCAGGUGUCCCACUGAAUACAUGAAAAAACUCACUAAUUAGAUGCCCUGUGAAGUUAAGCAAUGUGAGAAGGCAACCAGUCUCCUACAGAGCACGCUGGAGGAACACAGUGAAGUGGUUAAAUGUAAGAGACGUGGAACUCAGCUUAUAGGGUGGGUUUAUAUAUCUGUUCUGAACAUGUGCCACUCUGCCCUGACCAUUUUGGGGAAGGGUCUGGCUUCCUGCCCCUGAGAGUUUUGCUGGUCUAGUUUCUACACCUUGGUUGCAGCCUGGUCCCAAGUGAGACUACCACCGUUAGACUUAAUGCUGUUCAAGCCACCCGGGUUGUCUGGUCGCGUGGACCUUGUCUAAUACUGUGAAGACGAUGAACAUUUGAAGUAGUUAGUUCACUGCUCAGAGAGUCCACUGAUGGUGCCUCAUGGAGGUGAAGGUGUGGGGGUGGUAUAUGUCUCUAAAUUUCCUGAAAAUGCUCUUGGUUCUGUCUCACACCUGAUCUUUCUGGGUCAGAAAAGACUUUAGAAAUGGUGAGGGUUAUACACCCAGAUUUCAUAGCUCUGCAAAGAGAGCUACACACGCAGUACUGGGUUAGAAAAUACUUUCAAUCUCAGUGUGUGGAGACGUUGGGAAGAGAGCUCCUAGAUCACCACAAUCCGGAAGAAACCAAUGAUGUUGUUUGCCUGUGUUUAGAAAUAGCUGCAGCUGGCACGUGACUUGCUGGUUAGUUUCUCAUCCUUUCAUAUGUGGGAGAUAGAGAACCUUGUGAACAUGGCAAGUCCUGAUAAUCUGAAGUACUUGCUGCCACCACUGGCAGUUCUUCAAAUUGACCUUUGGAUAGAGACGCAGAAUCCACCGGAACCUUGUUUCCGUACUGAGUUGACACAUUCAUACACUCGUGACCCUUGAGCAGCCUUUAGUUUUGUUGUGGGUGGCCUUGGAGGCCACAGCAGCUUAAUGUCAUGUUCGUUUGGGUUUAAACCAGUGGAGUACACGCCGAGUCAAAUGUAGUGAUGAUCCUGAUCAGAAGUGACCUGGGCACAUUCGUCUUAGGUUUAUGUUUGGAGGAGGUUGGGAUAUGAAGUGAUUCUCUUGGGUGUAGGUGGGGGUGUAGGCUUCACUGCUUCGUGUGGGUUGCAGUGGAGAAUACGCUGGCCUUUGGUGGCAUCAUUGGAUUAUUGCAAAACCUAUCUGUCCUCAUUCCAACGAUCUAAUACCCUCAUCAGUAACAUCUGUGUUUGUCAAUAACCACGCUUGCCGACUUUUUGUCUCAUUAGGAUCCUCUUUUCGUAGUCUGAUUGUCUCUUCCUUAAUAAGAAUGUCUUCUAGAUGGGGAAAUGUAAAGCACUUUCCACCUGGUGGGUCUCACUGCUGUGACCUCCUUUUCCUAUGGGAGAAGCCUGGCAGUGUACUUCAGUUCUGCUGGAACCAUUCUUCCCAGAGAAGCUUGAUUGCCUCAGUGAUGUACACUGUGGUACCCCCCAUGCUGGACCCCUUCAUCUACAGCCUGAGGAAAAGGAUGUGAUGGGGGCCCUGGGAAGUCUUCACCUAAGAGAGAUGGGCCCUGAUGGGCCACUGGUCUCAGAACCGAGAGGAUAUUGUGGGCCCCAAAUGCAAAUGUUGUGGAUUUAAAUCUUGUGGUUAUUUUUCUCUUGUAAUAGAAACUUCAUUUUCUCUGUUCCCAGAGCACCCAUGACGUGCUUGUCUUUGUCUUUGUAUUUGUUUCUCAACAACCUCUUUAGUAGUUCCUUUGUUACCUUUCUUCCCUAAUUACAGUUCCAAAAUUCUUUGGUCAGAUUUCCUGUAGCCAUUCCUGACAUGGCCAACAUUAGAUGUGAAACACUUCCAUCAAGUGCUGGCCUGCUUUCCUCAACUGCCCUCUCAAAUGUUGAUACUCUUCAAGUGCAUUUAUUUGGGUGCAUUAUUCACAUGAAGAAGGGGCAUGAAAAGGCUACUACAGUUGUAAUUAAAGUCCUUGCCAUGUCAAAACUGUUCAUCCUGUUUUACAUGUAUAAUUUCAUGCAAUUAUGAUGCUUCUUACAGAGAUCUUCUCAUUUACCCCAUUUCCCACAAAUAGCUUGUGAUUGCAAUGGAUUCUACCGUAGAAACAAGGGAUGUGAUUUUCAGCUUCCAGUGUAGGAAUGUGAUUUGAGUGGUAGUUUGCUUAGGAGUUUCUAUGUAGUAUGUCGCAUAGGACAAGUCUGAGAUACUGCCUCAUUCUUUGCCUUCUGUCGUCCUCCUAUCAAUCCCUCUUUUCUUAUCCAUGUUUAAUUGCACCUUUAUUUUCCAUCAUUGCUACCUUAAGAUAUGCCCCAGGACCUCAGGUGGAAACUCCUUUUCUCAUUGCAUGAUUGGCAGCUGGUGGAGGGAAAGAAGAAUGAAAAAUGAGUGUUUGAUGGGUAGAGUUUCCCUUUGGGAAUAUGAAACCAUCUGGAAACAGCGGUAAUGGUUGCACAAAACAAAAACAGAAAAAAAACAAUGUAUUUGAUGUGAACAGAAUAGAAUUGUACACCUAAGUGUUUAAAAUAGUGAAUUUUGUUACAGAUAUUUAAACACAAUAAAAAAGUAACAAGAAGAAAA